CGCAACGGGUUUUCCCGUUCGUUUGAAGAAAGUAAGUGGUACGAUAUAAAUAUGGAAGUCGCCCUCAGCAGAGCAUCAGUUAUUCAGGAGCAAGGUUCGCAACACCAGAUUUUUUCCAAACAUCUUCAUUCGUACAAUACUCAUUUCAAAAUGAUAAAGAUCAUUUGCUUGUUCGUGGUUCUUGCAGUGGCAAUGGCUCAACCAAUGCCAGAAAGUAAAAGCGAAAAAUCAGUGGCGCCAGUGAGCAGCGAAAUGCAAGCAACAGAAGGGUCGGGAGAUUUGGAUAAAGCUGAAACAUUUGGAUUCGGUUACCACAAGCAUUACUACGUUGCACCACGAUUCUAUGGAGGGUAUUAUGGCGGGUAUUCGGGGGGAUACUAUCCUCACUAUGGACACCAUUAUGGUGGAUAUUACCCGUAUUCGCCUUAUUAUGGAUAUUCUCAUUACUAUUAGACUGAUUUAACGCUGAAUAAAUGAAUACAAAUUAAAACCUCA